GUCAUUCGAGCGCGACGGGCGGAACGCGCUUCUGGUCUCACGUGGAAGGAAGGCGAGCAUGGAGGCAGCGGACGGGGCGCUUCCUUUGGAUCCCGAGCAGAUUAAAAAGGCAACUUUAGCUUUGCUUGCUUACUUCAAGAACAAAAAGAAAACUGCAGAAAAACUGCUGCUGAAUGAAGAAUUUCUUCUCUUCUUAAUGAUUACUGUCUGGAAGAUCCCAUCAGAGGAGCGAGUGAUCAAAAUACCUCUGCCUCAUGGUAUCCUGCCCAUAACAUCGGAGGUCUGCCUUUUCACAAAAGAUGAGCCUGGUUUAACAGCUGAACAGACUGAAAAUUUGUACAAAAAGCUUCUGACACAGCAUGGGAUUACAAACAUUGCUGAGGUAAUUUCCUACAAAACACUAAAAACAGAAUACAAGCCUUUUGAAGCAAAGCGUCGUCUCCUGGGCCGUUUUGCUCUCUUCCUGUCUGAUGAUCGUAUUCGAAGACUUCUGCCAUCACACAUAGGGAAACAUUUUUAUAAGAGCAAAAAGGCGCCUCUCUCUGUGAACCUGAAAGCAAAGGAUCUCGCUAAGGAAAUCAACAAACACAUUCAGGGAACCAUUCUUCCAGUCACCAAUAAGGGUUGUUGCUACACAAUUCGCAUUGGCCACACUGGCAUGGAAGCCUGGCAGAUAUCAGAAAACAUUCUUGCUGCUGCUAAGGUGGUGGCUGCUAAAGCACCAAAGAUUUGGAAAAGCGUCAAAAUUCUUCACCUCAAAACAGGCAAAUCUGUUGCACUUCCAAUAUUCAACUGGAGUCAUCCCAGAUCAAAUGCUGUUGAGGAACAGACAGGUACCGAAGCGGAACAGGAAGUAAAAGAGCAGGGAAAAAAGGAAAAGAAGGUAAUUGAAAGGAAGACUACACCUAAAGCAAGGAAAAAGGGGACGGUGGCAGCCCCCACUGUUGAUGAAUUGGAGGAGGAAGAUGAAGAAAUUCCACAGCUGGUUGCAAUCGAAAGGGAAGGGGAGAAAAGGAGAAAGGUUACAGAACCUAGUGCUUCAGGAAAAAACAUUGAGACAGUUCCUAAGGAAUCAACAACUUUCAAGAAGAAGACAUUCCCAUCUCUGGUGACACCUGAAACCCCUUUGGACAUUCCUGAAGAUGAAUCUAGCCUGCACACACCAAAACUGCUCAAAAAAGACAAAAAGUCAAAGGAAGUCUUGGAAAAGGCAGAGACAAAGACCCCCAAGAAGCGAGCAGCAAAUUCUUCUGUAACUACUAAAAUGGGGAAAGGUGUCAUCAAGUCUGCCAGGAAAGCUCCCAAAACCCCCAAAAGAGAACUUAAGAAGUUGAAAGUGCCCCAAUCAGCAUAAGCCUCAGCAGGACAGGGUGUGGAUUUGCUGUUGUAACAUCACAGGCCAUGAAGCUUUUGCAAAGAAUGCAGAUUUAGUUAAAUGUUAGCUCCUUGUUGCCACCCUUCCUGAGCAGUCUUUGUUGGUUUCGAAGGGUUAAUUACAGGGCUGAAAUAUUGGCCUGCUUUAUUCAAAUUUAUACAAGCAAGCUUUACUUUCUGGUACAUUGAUUGUGCCAUAUUUUAGUGUCUGUCCUGAAUGAUCUGUUUUUAAUAUCAAUAUAAAAUUUUGAUAUAACGUGCAGUACGAUGUAAA